AUGGUGAGCAAAGAAGACACUGCAUCCAUUCCCUCAAAUUCAGAUGAAUCAGAUUCAGAGACAGGCCCAUCACACAGCCUUGAUGCACAGUCUGGACCAGAAUCAGGCAAGCAGCAGGUAAAGAAGAGAAACAAGGCCUUACAAGUGCGUUUUAAGGAUAUCUGUGACGCUCAGAAGGAGCAUCGAGGAAAACACUCCAGAUCCAUUUCCUGCAAAGUGAGACACAGAAAGUACAUGACCAUGCCGGCCAGACGCUCUAUUCCAAACGUGACCAAGAGUACUGGUGUCCAGACCUCGCCUGACCUCACCAAGCGAUACAAGACUUUCCCUUUUGAGAGGAAAAAAGGACACACAUUUAAACAUACUGCUUUGGUGGAAGAUUAUAAAGGACAAAACAAUGGUUUUUUGAGUGAUAUAAAGACAGGAGGAGAGGACGGACCAUCUAUCGGGGAGUCCUCCAAGUACAAGGAUAAGAUUGUGGGCCAGACAAAAGCAUUGCUUCACCACACUGAUGACAGCAGUGAUACAGAGGAUUUGCUUUCCAGUGCCAACUGUGUGGUUGGACCCUCUUGUCCAGAUUCUUCACAUUUCUCGGAAGAGUGCCGUCCGGGAAGCCCUGCUUCCAAAAAAGAGACAGAGUACCAAGUUUGUGGGACAAGGACCAAACACAAAGGAUUACCCAAAGAAGACAUGGACGCUGGCAAUUCCUCAAAGCGCCAGCUGGCUAACACAGAGUUUUCACAGAACAAGUCAAAGGGGAUGGGCCCUGUUGCGUGGAACUCUUUGACACAGGUGGAGUCAUUAGGAAGCCCGUCUAUGAGCUGUAAACGGAAAAAGGGUACACAGCUAAACGAACAGCAGUCACAGACACUUCCCCACAGUGUCAAAUGCUCUGUGAAGUCACAAGGUCAGUGUCGGACAAGGCAUGCGUCCGCCUCCUCUAAACUCCAGCAAACAGUUGGUGGGGAUGAGGGCUUUCCUCCAAGAGACACAGGAGCCCCAGGCAUGAGGAGCAGCCAGCAGAUAACGCCCUUAUCAGGAGACAAGGAUAUCAAAGCACAGCUGCAGGCCAUGGAAAACCUCAUCAGCUCGAGCCAGGAGACCAUCAAAGUCCUACUUGGAGUUAUUCAGGAGCUAGAGAAAGGUGAAGCGCAGAGAGAGGGGCUCACCUACCGAACAGGACAAGACACAGCAAAUUGUGACACUUGUCGAAACAGCGCAUGCAUCAUUUACAGUGUCGAGCUGGACUUCAAACUGCAGGAGGACAAGCUACAGCCCCUGAUAAAGAGACUUUGCCCCCUGGACAGCCAACAAUGUCCCGCUCUGCCUUACGCCAAUGAAGUAUUCACAUCCACCCCCAAACGCAAAUCCAAGACAGAGUCCAAAAAGCAUGCUCGUUGGAAACUCUGGUUCCUCUGACUGAAACAUGAAGGCUUUGGAAACAAC